AGUUCAUUUCAUUUUCAUUUGCAAUGGUGUGUUCCUGUGAAUUACAAUGAAUACGUCUGACCGCGACAAUCUCCUACAAAAGAGCAAUUCACGUAGUGAAGUAUGGAAUUACUUCGGAUUUUUACCUGAUGAGACUGGAAAACCUAUUGAUGACGGAAAACCAGUCUGCCGUGAAUGCCUUACGAGAAUUCAAGCUAAAGGGGGAAACACCAGCAACCUCAUCAAGCACCUUUGGACACAUCCAACAUCUUAUGCAGAGUACACAAAGAAUCAGAACCAUGCUGCCCUAACUGGUGCCCAAAGCCACACAGGUAACCCUGCCACCAGCAAGUCGCAGCCCACCAUCGACAGCCUCUUUGAGAAAUCCAAGAAGUAUGAAGCAACAUCCAAAGAAGCAGCUGUUCUAAACAGAGCUGUGGCCGAAUUCAUUUGUCUUGACCAAAUACCAAUAUAUACAGUGGACAGGUUUGGAUUCAAGCAACUAGUCAAGAAGCUCAACAGCAAAUAUGAACUGCCCAGCAGGAACUUUUUCAUGAAUAAUGAAAUACCAAAAUUGUACACAGAAACUAGAGGGACAAUAAAAGCAGAACUUGAAGGAUCUGGAUUUUAUUCAUGUACUACAGACCUCUGGACCAGCAGAACAAUGCAGUCCUACAUGGCUGUAACUGCUCAGUUCAUAACAAUGCAUUGGCAAAUGCAGUCAUGGUGCCUGGGCUGUGCAGAACUUAAUAGUGACCACACAGCAGAGAGCAUAAGCGAGGCCUUCUCUGAGAUGUUGGAAGAGCAAUGGGGGCUCAAUUUACAUGAUUUACAUGAUUGUAACUGGAUUCCAUGCUUUGGGCAUAAUCUUGACUUGGCAGUUCACAAGGGCCUCAAUGUUGAUCAUGUAGGCAGUACCUUGUCUCGGCUUAGAAGAACUGUAUCUGCUUUUUCGCGAUCCGCCAAGCUGACAAGACAGUUAAAGUCAAAGCAGGCUGACCUUGGUGUACCACAACACAAACUGAUACAUGACGAACCUACCCGUUGGGGGUCCGCAUGUGACAUGGUGGAACGCUUUUUAGAACAGCAGCAAGCUGUUUGUGCUGUGUUAGCUGAUAACAGAAACAAGUGGCACCUCAUGCCUAAAGACCUGGAUGUUACUACAAUGGAAGCACUGAAAAAUGUGCUUGGACAUCUAAGGGAUUUUACUGAUGCACUAAGUGGAGAGCAGCAUCCCACAAUUUCCUCAGUCCUGCCACUGCUCUGGAAAACUGAAUCAAUUUUGAUAGCGUCUGCCUCUGACAGCCAACUAAGUUCUCGUAUCAAGGAUUGCAUAAGGUCUGAUCUGCAAAACAGAUACAAUCAGAAAGAGAUACAGACAACGUUGAACUGUUGUACAUUUUUAGAUCCGAGAUUCAAAGACACCUUUGUAUCUAAUGUACAAGAGGUGGAAGCACGGUUUCAGCAGCAGGUUGAGAAAAGCUUAAUGCAUGCAAUCCCAUCAGUGAAGAUCCCAAAUCAGCCUAAUUUCGGGUGUCCAAAAUCAGGGCUAAGUGGACUUUUGGCAGGUAUUAUGAAUGAGAAACGAGGAGCAACGCCAUGCACAACUGAGGAUGAUGUUACUGUCUCUGCAGCAGAACCACAGCAAAAGCUAAGGAGGGAGUUGGAAAUAUACAACAAAAUCCCAGAGACAGAUGCGAGAGAUGACCCACUCAAAUGGUGGAGGCAAAAUGAGGGCAGCUUUCCAGUCCUAUCGAUCUUCGCAAAAAGAUACCUGUGCAUAUCUGCCACAAGUUGUGCAUCAGAACGCAUUUUUAGUUUAUCAGGCAACAUAUGUACACCUCCUCGUUCAAGGCUGACCUCACAUCAUUUGGAUAUGCUGGUGUUUCUUGGCAAGAACUUACAACAGGUCAAGAAAUUGGGCACAUAAACAGUAAAGGCAACAGCAUUAAUUUACUCUGAAACAGUAGAAUGUUCUAAUGUUCUCUAAUUAACUUUUCAGAUGAAUAUAUGAAUUAUUCUUAUUUUUCUUCUUCAAUUUCAUUCUUCCCUGAAAUCCAAGUUUUAUGAGUUUCCUUAUCCAAAUUAAAUUCUUAAUGUGUUGUUUAUACUUAGUACACUGAGAAGAGUUUAAUUUUGCAUGACUUCAUUACUGUAAAGGUGGAGUAAAUUUUUUUAGUUGCUUCAUGACUGUUCUUGAGUUUUUCAUAGAGCCACUUAUUCAUUUUCAUUAAAAAAAAUAUUCUGAGGACAAUUUG